AUGUAUGCGCGAGUGGUAUGGCUGGCGCUGCUGGCUCAGGGGCAGAACUACGAUGGGACCUAUCCGCUAAUCGAGGUGCCAUAUAUAUGGGAGACUCAGGUGAACACAAAAGACCUGAAGGAGGCGUGGCUGACACGGUCUGGGGGGACCGGAACGGUGAUAAACAAUGUUGUGUUAGUGGAGCGGAACGCGUAUAAUGGCACGUAUGAAUCAGCAACAAGGUCGCCAGGUCAUCACAAGUGCGCCGCUGUGGACGUUAUCCUGGACCGGGUCCACGUCAGCGAUGGGAUUUGCGACUGCUGCGACGGCUCGGACGAGCCGGAGGGGGCCUGUGCCAAUCGGUGUUCAGAGUGGAAUAAAAUGGUGGCCAAGAGAAACGAACAAAUUACGAGCACGAUGCUGGCGCUUCAGAACAAGAGAACCAGUCGCUUGGAUAUGGGCCUUAAAAUGGUAGACGACGACGAUAUUGUGGACGAGUAUGCAGACAGUCUGGAAGGUGCGGGCGGUGGCACAGACGGUGGUGGCACACACAGUGGCACACACGGUGGCACAGACGGUGGUAGCACAGGAACAGAUGGUCAGAUGCGUCGCACGCCGGCCAAGUCAUUGCUUGAGAACUGGUUGUGGCCGGCGAAGUCGCGAUUUACUUUGUUGCGUAACUGGUGGUUCGUGUCUUUGGCUAAGUUGUUGGGCAAGAGGGUGGCGGAGGAGUUGGAGAUGAAGCCGCUGAGUGAGAAUUUGCGUUCGGAGUUGAACGUCUUAAAACCGCACCCGGAAUGGCUGUACACAGCGGCCUUGGUAUCCGACUCGAUGCAGUUGCAACUGGACCAGAAACGGUUUACAGUGAAGGAGUUGUUGGAAAUCACGAUGAAAGAAACGUGGCAGUACAGUACCGUGAGCUACGGCAAGCUCGUCAAUGUGACGGUAGUCGACCCGACGGACUUGACUUUGCCGCUUCCGACCAAGUACAGCCGCCUCAUAAGUCCGUACGUGAUGUUGUAUCAAGGCGGGUCGCGCUGUCGAGACAAGGCCUUCAACGACGAUCAACGUUCCUGGAUCGAAGCCGAUAACGAGAGUUACAGUGCGCGUCUCUACACCGUCUGCGCCGAACACGACGCACUUCUCUGGGUUGAGUUCCAACAACCCUGCAGGCUCAGCGCCGUCGCCUCCAGUCCCGCAGCCUGCGUGUCACACCGACAGGCGCAAGUCGAAAACUUGCCCAGCGGCCAGGGCCGGCGGGUGAAAAACGAGCUGUGA